GCACGUGGUACAGCACAGAGCAGCUACGUGCAUGCUCGAGGCUGCAGACACGUGUGAAGUGUGUGACGGCUUCCUUGGAGGCUCAGCAUGUGGUGCUCCAACUGUCGGAUUCUGCUGGCGCUAGUCGUCGUUGACCUUGCCUCAAGUUGUUCCGGUGCCGAGAGGCGUCCCGAUGCUAGAGCAGGGCUUGAAUUGGGGAAAUUGCCUGUCGACGCCUUGUUCCAAGCAGCCACGACGGUACAAGACGUGAGCAAAUCAGUGGGACAGCACAUUCAGCAGCUGCUGGAGCCGUUGGAGCGGUGCCGGACCCGAACCUUCUCCUCCGUGCAAGAGUUGAUGUCGAUACCCGGUCGGAACCGAAUGGCCGAUCACGUCGGGCGGCCAGAAACGGCACUGUCUGCGCGCACCCAGGCGGAGACAAACGAAGGGCUGCGCGAGGCACUUUUGGCGGAGACGCAGUCCGUUCAACCCCCCCCGGACCGACGACGGUUUCGAGGAGGGUGGAUCAGAUCAAUCGGCAGACGGUUCGGAUCCGGCAUAGACGGGAUGCGGGACAUCGUGGAAACGGCCGCGGGAAGUCAGCUCGAGAUCCACGCGGAGGAAGCGGCGGAGAGGCUGAGAGGGAUGCUCAAGAGGAAUCAACGCGAGCUGAGCUGGCACGUGGCCAGGGCGAACGGGCUGUUGGCGAAGUGGGCGGCUCAGGCAGCUGCAGAGGAACGGCGGCUGGAAGCUAGGCUCUCGAAGAUGAGGGAAGGGCAAAUGGCCGCGGUCGUUACGACGGCAGAGGGACACCUCCGGCGAGCGGCGUUGGACAAACAGAUAAAGGGCGUCCGCGAGGAGUGGUUCGAGAGACAGGCGGUGCUGAGGGAGCAGCUCACGAAACGACAACAGGACAUGGCAGAGAGAAUGCGCGCAGUAACGAUCGAUUCCAAGAUUCUGGCCAAACUGUACGACGAGUUAUUGAUGAGGAAGAAGGCGAAAAUAGACGCGUCCGUUGCCAACGAGGACAGUUUCCGAAGGGCGCUAGAGCUCAUCCUAGAGGAUGCGGAGGAGGGUGGGUGGGAGCGCGUCGUGAGCACAAGAAACGGUGCUCUCUCGGUUGAGCGAAAAUUCAUCGGGAAAAACGCCGGAGGAAGCAAGUUCGCGUGCAUCCGUGCGUGGUGCUCCAUGGACGUUCCCGCGGAGGCCGUGGCGGAGCUGAUGGAGUCGUCGGAGCGGGUCAAGGAGUACAACAAGUGGUUCUUGGAGGGACGCGACCUGGAGUUGCUGGACGAAAACACCAAGGUAGUUUGGGCGUCUAGCCCUUCCCCCUUGCCCUUCGUGAAGCCCAGGGAUUUCGUGACGGUGGUCAACGUCCGAAGGCUCGAGGACGGCUCGAUCGUCGUGGUCAACAGAGGGUACAGGCACCCGGAAGCACCGCCAUCGACCGAGUACGUGCGAGGAGAGGUGAUCCUUGCGGCGAACGUCAUCCGACCGGACCCUAAGGACAGAAAUCGGACGCAAUUCACUCUCCUUACGCAGGUUGAUCCAGGAGGGAUCGCGCCCGCGUGGAUUGUCAACAAAAUUAGCGCCCACGAUCCUGUAGACUUUCUCGAGAGGGUAGAAACAGCGGCUGGUCGUUCUGAGUCGGCGAAGAGAUCCCCCAAGCCGAAAAGCCGGGUAGAAGGAGCGGCCGGUCGCUCUGAGUCGGCGAAGAGGCCCUCCAAGGCGAACAGCCCGCCGCCAGCAGUCUCGAGCAGCAGCGACGUUUCGGCGCAACCGCCGGCGAAACACUCACCAGCAGUGGCCAAGGAGAGCAUCGAUGACGGGGGCAAGCUCAACAAAAGAAUACAGUGACCAUGCCGGGUUUCCCGGAGGGCAAGGAGGACCCUACCCAUCGGGGCGCCUGCGAUUGAUUCAGGGGCAGGGCUUCGCUAAAGAAGUACCGUGGUCAACCAUUGAGCACCUGUUGUGGAGCUACAAGCAAGAUGCCGUUCGCGAAACAGCAAGCUGUGAAGCGGGCGAACCCACCGAGAAAAGCGUUGAAAACGUCACGGAGUCCUCGUUAGCGACUGACGUAUCGAUACCGAGGCGCUUCGAGUGUUUGGUGAGCGCACCGGCCCUAUGACAGUUGCGUCAAUAUGCAUUAUUUGGAUGGUGUGUUCAUGUUGUACAGGAGAUUCGUUUUCGAACAUCCCCCUUCGUCUCGCAGCUGCUUGUUUGCACGCAACGUGCGGCAAAAACCGAAUGUAUUUGAGGAGGGGAGAUUUCACUAUUGAAAAGUCACUCGUAAUAUAGUAGUGUUGCUGUUGACGCCUUUUUUUCAGUCGUUCUAGGUUUCCCACAAGGCGUGGCGGUUGGUUGUACAAUGCCCUCCGCUUCCACCCCAUGUGAAUGUUGUACGUGUUGCGUUUUCGUGAAAGUACCUGGAGUUGUAUCCCACGCAGUUUUCUCGGUGUGGAUUUCGAUGCUGCGUUUGUACGCAUGGUGCUUCGAUGAAGGGGGAAGGACUGGUAAAUAGUGAAUGUCCGUGUGAUGCGAUAACGUGUCACACCAUAUUCGUUUUUCAAAUAUUUUAUUGAGACGUGAAACUAGCAUCUUGUGCAUUCGGGGAAGCUCCUGAGCCAUCAAGCGUGCUCGGGCUGCAGUGAGUUUUGUAGUAGAGAUGUACAUCAGGGCGAGUUUGUUUAGAGGCCGUGACAGAUGGAGGGGAGGGAACUGCGUCACCGUUGGUGUUGGUGGAAGUACCGUUCUGGCCUGCGUUCAUUACUUUGUCGCUAUUCUUCGUCAGUAGGACAAGAACUUCCUCAGGCCGCACCGCUCGAGAAAAUACUGCUGUACAAGAAGGACGCAUUCGGGCGUGGUCGAAAGUUGCUGGGAAGGGACAGCCCUCAGGAUCCGGAAGUACACACUGCUUGACUAGGUGUGAGUCACAGGGUCUUUUUCUUUUUUGGUGGCUGUGCCAUAGGGUGCGGAAUGAUGGUUUGAUGUACAUCGAGUGCAACAUCCUGUGAGUGUCGCUGCUGCAUGCUACCAAGUGCGCUUGUCGCCUGCAAAUAUCACAAACUUGUGGUUCGAGCUCUCAGGGUAGGCGUGUGAUUGCCAUUCAGACAGGGAAAAGGUGGACGGACGGUAGGUUUCUUCGAGGCGUUGUUACAGGGUGAAGCAUGCACCGGCUACUGACGGGGCCACUAUACAGUCAAACGGCAGAAUGAAUUCGUCGCUUGUGUCGGACAGCGGGAUAAGUGCAUCGCU